AUGUCGUCGACCUCCCCCUCGAAGGAACCUGAACUCGACACCGAGGUGCAAUCGGGUGAAGAACAAGAGCACAUGGACAAAGACCACCACGACCCGUCAGGACACCAGGGCGAAUUUGAGGUAAAGGAGCAAGAUCGGUGGCUUCCGAUUGCAAAUGUGGCACGUAUUAUGAAAUUGGCGCUGCCUGAGAAUGCAAAGAUCGCGAAAGAAGCCAAGGAAUGCAUGCAGGAAUGCGUGAGCGAGUUUAUCUCAUUCAUCACAAGUGAAGCCUCGGAGAAAUGUCAACAGGAAAAGCGAAAGACUGUCAACGGUGAAGAUAUCUUGUUCGCCAUGACUUCCCUUGGCUUUGAGAACUACGCCGAAGCACUCAAGAUUUACCUCUCCAAGUACCGUGAGACCCAAUCUGCACGUGGUGAGAACCAGCGACCCCCAAGUGCUGGCUAUGGAGCCGGAGGACCUGUCGGUGGCUCGGCUCGCCCUACAGGAUUCCCUGAUGCCGAAGCUGGCAACCCCCUGCUUAACCCCAACCUUGACCCGUCAGAGCAAGAUGCCGCGGCCUACGGCUACCCAGCCAUGGUUGGCCAAUCCCACAACGGUGCAGGCGGAGACUCCUACUAG